AUGCCGCAUGGACAUCAACGAGAUUGUGCAAGGAGGAGGCCAUUUUCAUGUUCACAAUGUGGAAACUGUUUUGCUGUAAAAUCAAGUCUUGUUAGACAUCAAAGAGUACACACAGUGGAGAAGCUAUAUCCAUGCUCAGAAUGUGGAAAACGUUUUUUGGAGAGAUCAAAACUUUUUUGCCAUCAAAGAACACACACAGGAGAGAAGCCAUUUUCAUGUUUAGAAUGUGGAAAACGUUUUACUGGGAAAUCAGUUCUUGUUAAACAUCAAAGAACUCACACUGGGGAGAAGCCAUUUUCAUGCUCAGAAUGUGGAAAAGGUUUCACUGAGAAAUCAAAACUUUUUUGCCAUCAAAGAACUCACACAGGGGAGAAGCCAUUUUCAUGUUCAGAAUGUGAAAAAUGUUAUACUGAGAAAUCACAACUUACCAAACAUCUAAGAAUUCACACAGGGGAGAAGCCAUUCUCAUGUUCAGAAUGUGGGAAAUGUUUUACUGAGAAAUCAAUUCUUGUUAAACAUCAAAGAACUCACACAGGUGAGAAGCCAUUUUCAUGUUCAGAAUGUGGAAAAAGUUUUUUUGAGAAAUCAAAACUUUUUUGCCAUCAAAGAACUCACACAGGAGAGAAGCCAUUUUCAUGUUCAGAAUGUGGAAAACAUUUUACUGGGAAAUCAGUUCUUGUUAAACAUCAAACAACUCAUACUGGGGAGAAACCAUUUUCAUGCUCAGAAUGUGGGAAAUGUUUUACUAAGAAAUCUGUUCUUGUUGAACAUCUAAGAAUUCAUACAGGGGAGAAGCCAUUUUUAUGUGCAGAAUGUGGGAAAUGUUUUGCUUCCAAAUCAAGACUUGUUUGUCAUCAAAGAACUCACACAGGAGAGAGACCGUUUUCAUGUGCAGAAUGUGGGAAAUGUUUUACUCAGAAACCACAACUUGUUAGACAUCAAAGAAUGCACAAAGGGGAGAAGCUAUUUUCAUGCUCAGAAUGUGGAAAAUGUUUUUUGGAGAAAUCAAAACUUUUUUGCCAUCAAAGAACCCACACAGGGGAGAAACCAUUUUCAUGUUCAGAAUGUGGGAAAUGUUUUACUGAGAAAUCACCACUUAUAAAACAUCUAAGAACUCACACAGGGGAGAAGCCAUUUUCAUGUUCAGAAUGUGAAAAAUGUUUUACUCAGAAAUCGCAACUUACAAAACAUCUAAGAAUUCACACAGGGGAGAAGCCAUUUUCAUGUUCAGAAUGUGGGAAAUGUUUUACUGAGAAAUCAGUUCUUGUUAAACAUCAAAGAACUCACACAGGGGAGAAGCCAUUUUCAUGUUUAGAAUGUGGAAAAUGUUUUACUAACAAAUCAAUUCUUGUUCGACAUCAAAGAACUCACACAGGGGAGAAGCCAUUUUCAUGUUCAGAAUGUGGAAAAAGUUUUUUUGAGAAAUCAAGACUUUUUUGCCAUCAAAGAACUCACAUAGGAGAGAAGCCAUUUUCAUGUGCAGAAUGUGGAAAACGUUUUACUGGGAAAUCAGUUCUUGUUAAACAUCAAAGAACUCACACUGGGGAGAAACCAUUUUCAUGCUCAGAUUGUGGGAAAUGUUUUACUAAGAAAUCCGUCUUUGUUGAACAUCUAAGAAUUCACACAGGGGAGAAGCCAUUUUCAUGUGCAGAAUGUGGGAAAUGUUUUGCUUCCAAAUCAAGACUUGUUUGUCAUCAAAGAACUCACACAGGAGAGAGACCAUUUUCAUGUGCAGAAUGUGGAAAAUGUUUUACUCAGAAACCACAACUUGUUAGACAUGAAAGAAUGCACAAAGGGGAGAAGCUAUUUUCAUGCUCAGAAUGUGGAAAAUGUUUUUUUGAUAAAUCAAAACUUUUUUGCCAUCAAAGAACUCACACAGGGGAGAAGCCAUUUUCAUGUUCAGAAUGUGGGAAAUGUUUUACUGAGAAAUCACCACUUAUCAAACAUCUAAGAAUUCACACAGGGGAUAAGCCAUUUUCGUGUUCAGAAUGUGGAAAAUGUUUUACUGAGAGAUCACCACUUAUCAAACAUCUAAGAAUUCACACAGGGGAGAAGCCAUUUUCAUGUUCAGAAUGUGGAAAAAGUUUUUUUGAGAAAUCAAAACUUGUUUGCCAUCAAAGAACUCACACAGGAGAGAAGCCAUUUUCAUGUUCAGAAUGUGGAAAAUGUUUUACUGAGAAAUCACCACUUAUCAAACAUCUAAGAAUUCACACAGGGGAGAAGCCAUUUUCAUGUGCAGAAUGUGGGAAAUGUUUUAUUUUCAAAUCAAGACUUGUUUAUCAUCAAAGAACUCACACAAGAGCGAGGCCGUUUUCAUGUGCAGAAUGUGGGAAAAGUUUUGCUUCCAAAUCAAGACUUGUUUAUCAUCAAAGAUCUCACAAAGGAGAGAGACCAUUUUCAUGUGAAGAAUGUGGGAAAUGUUUUACUCAGAAACCACAACUUGUUAAACAUCAAAGAAUGCACAAAGGGGAGAAGCUAUUUUCAUGCUCAGAAUGUGGAAAAUGUUUUUAUAAUAAAACAAAACUAUUUUACCAUCAGAGAAAUCACACAGGGGAUAAGCCAUUUUCGUGUCCAGAAUGUGGAAAAUGUUUUACUGAGAAAUCGCCACUUAUCAAACAUCUAAGAAUUCACACAGGUGAAAAGCCAUUUUCCUGUGCAGAAUGUGGGAAAUGUUUUACUCAGAAAUCACAACUUGUUAAACAUCAAAUAAGUCACACAGGGGAUAAGCCGUUUUCAUGUUCAGAAUGUGGAAAAUGUUUUACAGAGAGAUCACCACUUAUCAAACAUCUAAGAAUUCACACAGGGGAGAAACCAUUUUCAUGUGCAGAAUGUGGGAAAUGUUUUACUCAUAAAUCACAACUUGUUAAACAUCAAAUAAGUCACACAGGGGAGAAGCCAUUUUCAUGUGCAGAAUGUGGGAAAUGUUUUACUCAGAAGUCACGGCUUGUUAAACAUCAAAGAACUCACACAGGUGAGAAGCCAUUUUCAUGUUCAGAAUGUCAAAUAUCUUUUAUUCUAGAAUCAAGUCUUAUCAGACAUCUAAGAAUUCACACAGGAGAAAGACCAUUUUCAUGUGCAGAAUGUGGGAAAUGGUUUACUCAGAAAUCACAACUUGUUAAACAUCAAAUAAGUCACACAGAGGAGAAGCCCUUAUCAUGUUCAGAAUGUGGAAUAUGUUUCAUUCUAGAAUCAAGUUUUAUCAGACAUCUAAGAAUUCACGCAGGAGAGAAGCCAAAUUCAGAGUACUAAAUGAUGCAGAUAACACAUCUGCAGGGACGUGCAACAUUAGAUUGCUUCUUUAAGAGGCCUGGAAAAAUGAAAGAAGCGAUCUGAUUGGUUGCUAUGGGCAACUGCACCACUCUUCCUCUAGACAGGUUUUGAUAAAUCUUCCCCAAUGUGUGCAUUUAGUGUAAGUGGGCAUAGUGUGUUCAUAUAACAGUGUUUUACCAACCAGUGUGCCAUCAGCUGUUGCAAGACAACAACAUCAAAAAACUCACACUGGCGAGAAGCCAUUUUCAUGCUCAGAAUGUGGGAAAUCUUGUUAGCCAACAAAGAAUUCACACAGGUGAGAAGCUGUUUUCAUCACAGACGGGGUGUUAGUCACAGAAGGUGUGUUGUACAAGGAGGAAGCCAUUUUCAUGUUCAGAAUGGGGGUUGUGAUAUUCACUGCUCCUCAUGGAGAAGACCCAACAGGCAUAGUCCAUGGGGAGCUGCUACUGGAGACCCAAACACCUCACAGAGAAGUUCCUCGGGGGCGGAGAUUGAGCUCUUGCAGGAAGGCGGCUUUUGAACUUAUAAAGUGACUUUAAAGCAACUUCCUCAGGUGGAAUUUGACUAAAAACCAGAUAUCUGGACUGUGGGGAACCAGAGGAACAGACCAACACCUCCUUUGUACAAUUUUAAGCUUUUUUUCCAAGAUCUAGUAUUGAGGCCUUCAACACCAUCUGAAGCCUGGGACUAAAUUUUCAGCUAAGACCUACACUCCCACUUACCCCCCUGUGUAGCGAGCACCAGGAAUCCUCCUCAGCAACACUCCAGACGCCUGCCUGCACUAACUCCAGACUGCUGGGGCAAGAAAACCCCCCCAUAGGACUGUAAUACUAAGUAGUGGUCCUCCUCUGCCCCAGCCAGGCACUUUGCUUCAUAGCUCUGGACUCCUGAGAAUUGGCCCCAGUCCUCUUUUUUUGGGGGGUGUCAGGCUCUUCUAUGCCCCUGAAGUCUGUUCUCCUGCACGUCACACUGUCACAUUGUUAUUCUGGGACUACUAUUGAAAAGCAGCAGACUGCCGAUCCUGGCUGUGUCCUCCAUACUGUUCUCAGACUGGUUUCACAGGAAGUGUUUUACUUAUUCAUAAAAUAUUAGAAAACUUUCAGCGCUGGGUGGGGCUUAAAUGUACAUGUUUAUUAUUCAGUGGUCAGCUGGUGCAGGUGUGAUGUGAAACAAUGUAAAGUAUCUAAUAUCGUUUGUGUAAAUUGGUGAAAUAAAGUUUUAGUACCUGC